UUUAAAAAUUGAUUUUCCUUUCAGUUUAACGGCCAUGCAGGGUGCCAUCAUGAUGGCGCACUUACCAGGUGACGUCACUUAUCGUCGAUCUCAGUACACGUACGGAUUUGACGUCACAGUUCCAUUCAUAGACGGAGAUCACCCCGAGGAAUUAAAAUUCUCAGAGGGUGGCUUAAACUGGUGCAACGGCGUAUUUGAUAAAGUCAUCGAGAGGAAUCAGAUCGUAGAGGUUGGACAGAUAUUCACGCGUUCAAGGAACGGCACGGCGUUGGACCCCGCCAGAAAACACGAGGAAAGAUACACAUCGCUAUGGAGAUCAACACGUGACAAUCCGAGGUUUUGCCUAGCAGAGGAAGGGGUGGAGGAGGUGGGCGUCAUUGUGAUGAAGCCGCCUACCGAGGGGUGGCCGGAUCGCUGGGAGUCGGAAAAUCAAGUGAUCGUCGAGGAGACGGGCUUGACGGUGAAACGGAUCAACAGGAACACCGGGGAGCAGAGCGAAAUACUAAUGACUUUCUUAUGACAAUCAUCCGGCGCGACAUAGCAUCGUGUACAAUGUGCUUGUUUAUACAAAUGUCGCUGUGGUACCACUUAUUUAGUAAUAAUACAGUGUAUGGCGAAACAGAAAUAGAAGACAGUUUCACCUGUGGACCGGAUCAACAGAAACUGCACGGAGCAUUACUAACUACUUGUGGUCUUUCUUUGAUCAACUGAUCGCACAAAAAAAGAAUUGUUUAUAUUCUAAUGAAAUUCUGACCUGUUAUUACAGACCGUACAGUUUUUAUAAAGAUUUUUAUAUACACUUCAACACCGUUAUUUCGAACACCGAUAAUCCGAAGUUUAUUCAUUUCCGAAAAUGUACAUAUAUGUAUUUACAUGUAUUAUA